CAAGAUGUGAGGGGUCCUUGUAUCGCAGUCCAACCCCAGCCCAUUUCUUAGUAUAGGUUUGUUUUUACGGUGAUAGGGCUCAAAGCAGGAAUAAGGGAUCUGCCGUUUUGGACACGGCCAAGGCACGCAGCUCCCGGGGCCUGGAACUCGCCCAAGGCAAGCCGGUCCCUUCCAGGUGCGCAGGCUCCCGACGAGACCCAGCCUAGCCAGGCAGCCCAGCGCGCUCCCGGGUCCCGCCGCCUCCGCCCCGCCCGGUUGCCGUGGGAACCACGGAGCGCGACUGCGCCCACAGACCAGCCUCUGUCUAAGGGGGCGAGGGAUAGUGAGGCCCAGACAUGGACCUGCCGGAUCCGGUACGCCAGCGGCUGGGAACCUUCAGCCGGGCCGUGUUCAGUGAUUCCAAUCGGACUGGGCCGGAGUACAAUGAGGGUCCCGAAAAUGAAAUGGUCUCCAGUUUGGCAUUGCAGAUGUCACUUUAUUUUAAUACCUACUAUUUCCCACUGUGGUGGGUGAGCAGCAUUAUGAUGCUUCACGUGAAGUACUCAAUCUUGCCUGAUUACUACAAAUUCAUUGUGAUCACUGUUAUCAUCCUAAUAACCUUAAUUGAAGCCAUCCGGUUGUAUCUGGGCUACAUGGGUAACCUACAGGAGAAGGUGACUCUGCCUUCCCGGAGCUCCAAACCUCGGUCAGAAGGGGAACCAGUCCCGUUUACUCUGCACCUAGAGCUGCCGUGCCGAGGUGCUGGCACAACCGCUGCGCCAGCCACAAGAGUCGCAGUGGCGACCAGUGUGGCUCCUCCAAACCUCUGUCAGAAGGGGAUCCAGUCCCAUUUACUCUGCACCGAAAGCUGCUGCGCCGAGGUGCCGGCAAAACCGCUGUGCCAGCCACAAGAGUCGCGCUGGUGACCCGUAGAGCUCCUCCACUGGGAAUCUUCUGCUCCGUGAGCGACCAAAAUUUGUCUGAAAGUGUGGCGUCCUCUUGUUCUCUGAGGUUUCACUGGGAGCUGCAAUCCCGAGAUGUUAGCAAUCGGCCAUCUUGGAUCGUUCCGCUAGGUUGGUCUUAAACUCCUGGCCUCAAGUGAUCCACCCACCUUGGCCUCCCAAAGUACACAGGCCUGAGCCACCAUGCCCAGCUGACUGAUUCCUGAUUUAAUAUAUGUAAAGACUGUGGAUCUCAAAUGUACAGGCUUGCCUAAUAACAUUUUGACGCAAGGUUUUUGUUUUAUUUUUGACUUGAUAUUUAAAAUUUUUUUAAUAGAGCUUAAAGUGGGCCACAAGUACACUCCUUAUCUCACAAAAAUUUAGUAAUACCUAAGGCUUGCCAAAUUUCUUCAGAAAACUUCAGUCUGCUAGGUCAUGAAAACAGCUCCCUAUGUCAUAAAAACACCUCCCAAGCCCCCAGUAAGCUUUUGCCUUUGUUGCAUAAAAUGGAAUGAACCAAAUAUUUCUUCCUUUUGCAAGCAAGCCCAAAUAAGCAUAUGGAUUGAAGAGUGAAAAAGACACAACAAAGAUACAAGAAUAACUAAGCUCCUCACUAAAAUGCUCACUCCAGUCACAGUCUACAGGCAGUCAUGAGUCAACAUGUGAUCCUCACCAAAGACAAAAACAAUUUGCUCACAGCAAACCCAGCUGCAGCUAAUAACAUGAGCAAUACGAAGAGCAGCUCUGAAUGCACACAUGCCAAUAAAGAGAUUUUUAUGAUUUCAGUAGAGAAACUCCACCUUCGACUCCAUUCAGGGCCAAGAGCAGUCAGACAAAUGGAAAAAUGUGCUGGAAACAGUGUUAGGACUCUCCAACGAAAACAUUCCUUCCCUUGUCAUUUUAACUAUUUGAGACAGCAAUUCUUUGGAGUUAGAAGAUGAAGAGUCAAAGGCAUUACUCAUCCUUGGGGAAAACCCGCCCUAGGAAUGUUUUAUUAUAAUUGCUUUCUGAGAUGCUGGGUCAUUCCAGGGUACAUUUACCAUUUUCAAACCUCGGGGAUAUAUGUUAUGUGUGCUGCUAACCUUGAGUCACCUGGCAAGGGUGUCCAUGGAAGUCACCUUUGUUUUCAAGUUAAAUUCUUGGCUUAAAAGUCUACAUCCCUGUAUUAUUGACUAAAAGUCAAUCAAGCACCCCAUUAGGGUGUUCCUGUGUGUGUGUGUGUGUGUGUGUCUUGUUUUAUUGUUUUAAAAUCUGACUCCUGAGCAGAGAAGUUGUGCUAAGGUUGGAGGAGUCUUUAAUUCCACUCCAAAAUAAAAAAGAAUAAAACAGGAAGUGUUAGCAAACAGCAGCUCAGUGUAAACCUUUUAAAUCCACCCCCUUCUAGGUUGGAGAUUUUUGUUUCUUUAUUCCUUUAUUUCUGUAGAUUCAGGAUCCAAGUCCUGAGCUUCCUAGUCAAGCUGCAGAGGGAAUUAAGCUUAUUGGGAGAACCACACAGUCCGGCCAUGUAUGCUUGAAUGGCAGUCAUAACGGCUGUUAAAAUUUCUCUUUACUAGUUGCUUUUAGGAUUGUCCUAAGUAUCAUAGGUUCUCUAAGUUUUUUUUUUUUUUUUUCUCAAAACUCAUCCUAUAUUUUAAAACGAGUUUGUCCAUAUAUUGCCUGCUUGUUACAAAUUGUCAUUCCUCCUUCAUAGAAAAUUCAGCAAUGUCAAUAUCAGGGCCAUGGUUUUUAUUCUCCAUUCAGCAUCCUUCUAUGACAUUCAUUUUAAUAAAUUAAGUAAUUUUGCAUUUGGGUCAUACCUAUCUACAGUAGUUAUCUGUGUUAAAACUGUGAUAUUGAUCAUUUUCUCUUUUUUUGAGACAGAGUUUCGCUCGUUACCCAGGCUGGAGUGCAAUGGUGCGAUCUCGGCUCACCGCAACCUCCGCCUCCUGGGUUCAGGCAAUUCUCCUGCUUCAGCCUCCUGAGUAGCUGGGAUUACAGGCACACACCACCAUGCCCAGCUAAUUUUUGUAUUUUUAAUAGAGACGGUGUUUCACCUUGUUGACCAGGAUGGUCUCGAUCUCUUGACCUUGUGAUCCACCCGCCUCGGCCUCCCAAAGUGCUGGGAUUACAGGCUUGAGCCACUGCACCUGGCCGGAUAUUGAUCAUUUUCAAAGCCACCCAGGAAGGCAAAAACAGGGACUCACCAACUCGAGGAGAAAAGGACAUGGUCAGAUCAAGUUUGUGUGAACAUAAAAUCUGAAUCCAGGUCUGACAGCUAGUCAUACAAGUCCAUACUUUCCCCACAUCCCUCCUCUUUGACAGGCAUUGUCAUCUAGAGCAAUAACCACAAUAAAACCCUAAACACCAUGGCCCAUAGCUUAACUACGUUCCACCCUCUAUUUCAAAGUAAACUUGGGCUGGGCAUGGUGGCUCACACCUGUAAUCCUAGCACUUUGGGAGGCUGAGACGGGCGGAUCACCUCAGGUCAGGAGUUCGAGACCAGCCUGACCAACAUGGUGAAACCCCAGUCUCUACUAAAAAUACAAAAAUGAGCUAGGCAUGGUGGCAUGCACCUGUAAUCCCAGCUACUCAGAGGCUAAGGCAGGAGAAUUGCUCAAACCCAGGAGGUGAAGGUUGCAGUGAGCUGAGAUCACACCACUGUACUUCAGCCUAGGCAACAGAGCAAGACUCCAUCUUAAACAAACAAACAAAAAACAAACAAAGUAAACUUGGGGUUGGACCCAUGCAAGUUUUAUUUUUUUUAAUUUUUUGACUCAUAUUUUAGCUUUCUUAUUCAUUAAAGGGGAUAAUCCCACCUAGUCACCUGUUUCACAGGCAUUUUUAUGGUCAAAUGAGGUCUUUAAAAGGGCUUUGAAGAAAGUGAGGGCUUCUUAUCAUGGUGGGCAGAAUAAUGAUCCCCCAGCGAUGUCCACAUCCUAAUCCUUAGAAACUAUGAAAUGUUAGGUUACAUGCAAAAGGGAAUCCAGUUUGCAGAUGGAACUGAGCUUGCCACUUAGCUGGCUUUAAAAUGAGGAGAAUAUCUUGGAUUAUCCAGUGCAAUCACAAGAGAACUGAAAUGAGGAAGAGGGAGGCAGAAGAGUGAAUGUCAGAGUGAUGUGAUGUGACCAGCCAUGACUGGCUUUGAAGGAACAGGCCAUGAAACAAGGUAUGUGGUGGCAAAAGGUAAGAAAAUGGAUUCUCCUUCAGCCUCCGGAAAGGUGCACAGCCUUGCUGACACCUUGAUUUUAGAUCAGUGAGAUCCAUUUUGUUCUUCUGACCUCCAGGACCAUAAGAUAAUAAAUUUGCAUGGUUUUAAGCCAGUAAGUUUGUGAUAAUUUGUUACAUAGCCACUGGAAACUAACACAAUUAUUAAGAUGAUUGAACUUCCAUCCAGAAACAAGUUCUAGAUGGAUUCUGAGAGCUAAGUGAAAUACAGUGAGCAGUUCCCUACCCCACACCCCUGCCUUCAUCCCCAUUGUCUGCCUUGUAGAUCAGCAAAGCACAUCCAACAAGAGAAAGAUAGCAGGUCCGGCAGAAGCAUGGCCGCCAACCCGAGUGGUGUAGCUGUGACUAGAGCUGCCCCUGGGAUACCUGAGUAAAGGCCCAUGCUAGAAAUGACAGGAAGCUCAUAUCUGUCCCAUAUGUUCAAUCGGAACACCCCCACUGUUACUGAAGUAGGCAGAUGAUCCUCGCAUCCUGCCCCUUCUACUGGAACAGCAUCCACUUUGUCUCAUUUGGUUCCCUUCUACUCUUUUCAGUCUCCUCCAAAUUCAUUUCCCUGUUAGCAAGAAUUGGAGCUGGCCAGGAGUCUACCAAAUCCCCUGGGGCCAAGUCCCCAGGAACACCUCUGUGAGUCAGGUUCCAGAUUCACAAACAGGGAAGAGUAACUGAGAAACGUCAUUCUUAUUCUGUUCUUGCUGGAAGAUCAUUCAUACUUCACAUACAUCUCAUCAGAGGGCCUCUAGGAACAGAGGCAGAGCAAAUGCCAGAUUUUAAAAUUGUUUUCCUCUGGCUGUGCAUUAGCUUUCUAUUUCAGUCUUGACCCAAAGCCUGCUCAAGAUAUAAAGCUUGAGGGGAAUUCCAAAAGUGGAUCAGAGCCAAACUGAUUUUUGUCCACAUUUUCAGGCCCCAGUUCUCCCUCACCUCCAGCAGCCUCAUCAUUAUAGUGAAAAUCCUGCCCUGGAGGGUGCGCUAUUCCUGCAGAUUUACAGGCAUGCAGCACCCCAGCCAGGCUUGAACCACUCUUUCCUGGUCAACUCAGCUUCUACAGGAGCGUCCAAUCUGACCCACAUUCCUGGAACAAUUUCUUUUGCAAAUCAGCAGGUUUAAAGCAAACAAGGGCACAUUUCAGGACAUUGAAUUAUGCAAUUAGCUGAGGGUAAAUUUGGUAAAGCAUCUGGUCUGCUUACCAAAAUGGAAAUAGGGGGGAAAAAAGUACAGCUUUUAAAAUUAAACAUUCACUUGUAAGGUCAAUUCUGUGCAAAUCUUCUUGAAAUGACACAGGUGCUGGCUCUGUACAAGAGGGUGGAGGGACUGGGAUUCUUGGGGCUGCUCAGGAGCAUCGUUCACUGAUUGGGGCAGUGACUGAACACAAGACAAACAUAAUUCAGUGGUGCCAGAGAAUGACAGCAAAUAACCAAUCGUCUUUUGUUGGUGUCUCAAAAAUCAACUUUCAGUAGGUGUUCACAUUUUACUAACUUUGAGCAGUAAAACUGCUAAAAUGAUAUGUUGUAUUAAUCAAAUUAAAGAUAUUCUGAUCUUUUGGGUCUUAGAACUCAUAUCUUAUAUUAAAAACUGCGUCCCACUCUCUUGUAUAAAGCAAGGUCUCAGGCCAAUGAGACUAUAAAAGGGCAAAGUCAUGGUGGCAAAUAUAUUCAUUAUUAGACCUUUUGAGCUACUUCUAUUUCAUGAAUAUUUUUGUCGAACUUUUAUCAUCUCCUCCGAGAAUUAGGCCAGUUUGAGAUAAUAUUUCCAAACACUAGAGUAAGAUAAUACAUAGAAAAGCAGGAUAAUCAGGGAAAUAGAUUUUCAGGAGAAAGCAGUGGGGGAAGAAAUAAGGGCAUGUAGAAGUCUAAUCAAUGUUAUCAUUUCCCCACUUUUACAGCAGUGGCAGUCCCUGAUGCAAUAGAAAUUAUGAAUCAAGCUGGGUGUGGUGGCUUAUGCCUAUAAUCCUAGCACUUUGGGAGACCAAGGCAGGAGGAUCACUUGAGCCAGGAGGUCAAGACCAGCCUGGGCAACAUGGUGAAACCCCGUCCCUACAAAAAAUACCAAAAAAAUUAGCCUGGUGUGAUAGCAUAUGCCUGUAGUCCCAGCUACUCAGGAGGCUAAGAUGGGAGGAUUGCUUAAGCCUGGGAGGUGGAGGUUGCCGUGAGCUCAGAUCGUGCCAUUGCACUCCAGCCUGGGUGAUGGGUGAAACCCUGUCUCAAAAAAAAAAAAAAAAGAAAUUAUGAAUUAGUUGGAAAAGCCAUAACUGCUCUUCAUUUAUCUCUCAUUUUGCUUGUUUGGGGAAUUCUUAUGUAAUUCUCCACCAGCUCACUCCAUGGUAUGAUCAUCCAUUUUGCUCAAAGCCAAACGAUUCCAAACACUAUGGAAAAUAGGAGUAAAAUCAUAUUUCAGUAGUGACAAAUACGGAAUGGAAGCCAUGAGAACACAUCAAAACCCUCACAUAGAAGCUGGAAACCAUGAAGGGGUUACACAACAUAAAGGGUCUUAGUGGGCCACAAACUGAACAAAAGUCAGCAAGGAUAAUCCUUGGGAGACUAGAAACAAGAUCAGAACAUGUGUGACCUGCAUGUAAUUGGGGGAGUUAGCCGCUAGCUCCAUGUGACUAUUUUUAAUUUAAAUUAAUUAAAUGUAAAUAAAAGUUUAAAUUCAGUUCCUUGGACACACAUAUGACAUUUCAAGUGCUCAGCAGUCACCUGUGGCUGCUAGUGGCUGAUAAGAGAAAGACAGCAAGACAGUAUGUCCAGCCAGAACAUGGCAGCCAACCAGAGGGUAGCAUAGCCAGGAGCUGCUCUCGGGAUACCCUGAGAAGGGGCCCAUGCUAAAACUGACGGGAGGCUCAUAUGCAUCCCAAUAAUGGGAACAUCCCCUAACCCCCGGAAUGGGAAAACAUAGAUAGAGGUUCCCAUCAUUGCAGAAAGUUCUACUGGAUGGUACUGCUCUAGAGAAAGAGGGCUCUGCAGAUGGUCUGGAGAGCCACCAACCAAAUCAUUGGAAACUGAAACUUUGAAAAAUGCAAUAAAGUGAAACUAAGUUCAUAAGCUUUGAAGAAAAUGGUGAGGAGUGGCUUUAGGCUUUAAAAUGGUGGUAACUGUUGAGUGAAGACCAGAUGUUUUCUACGUGAUUGACGAGCUAAGGCAGGAAACCUUUAACUUAGUCACAGAGAAAUUCUUCUCUCCUUGUGAGGUGACUGGAUGCUAGAAUGGGAAGGAACACUUUCAAAUCUGUAUCUUAGGCCAGGCGAGGUGGCUGACGCCUGUAAUCCCAGUUUUGGGAUUUGCUUUGCAAGGGCUGGGUGGGUGGAUCAUCUGAGGUCGGGGGUUUGAGACAAGCCUGGCUAACAUGGUGAAACCCCCGUCUCUACUGAAAACACAAAAAUUAGCCGGACAUGGUGGCACAUGCCUGUAAUCCCAGCUACUCAGGAGGCCGAGGCAGGAGAAUUGCUUGAACCCGGGAGGAAAAGGUUGUGGUGAGCCAAGAUCCUGCCAUUGCACUCCAGCCGGGGUGACAAGAGUAAACUCCAACUCAAAAAAAAAAAAUCUGUAUCCUGGGAAAUAAAUAAAAAUAAGGCAGCAACUUAACCUCUAGGGUUUAGAAUUUGGGGGAUUGACCCUGGUGAACUUUGCCUUAAUCAUCCACUUGCUUUGUUUAUUCAAGUCCUAUGCAUGAAGGAUGCAAAUGAUAAGCACAAAUAAGGAAGGACCGCUGCAUGAAUCCCAGAGUUUUUUGUUUUGCUUGCCUUCUCCAAAGGAGCCUGUAAUCCCAAAACAAAGCCUUUGCUCUUGACCUCAAAAUCUAGCCACUUUUGCUUCACCCCACAAUCUCCUUUGUUUCCAAAGGGCAUUUGGAAAGCUCCCCUCAGACUUUCCUUCAAGCAGUUUUUUCCAUCUUUAUUAAGAAGCUCCGGAGACAGCCUGCUGUAAGCCCAGAUGUGCUGACUAAAUUAGCAUGGUUACAGCAUGAUGUAGUGGUUAAGAGCCUACACUUUGGAAUCAGACAGGCCUGGAUUUGAGUUCCAGUACUUCCUCUAAACUAGCUGGGUAAUCUUGGGCAAAUCGCUUAACCUUUGUAUUAGACAUAACUCUCUUGAUUUCAAGUUACAUUUUCUUCAGAAGAAUCAAAAGUGGAUUGAUUUAUGUACUUGGAAAACCCAAGGGUUCUGCUCCCCUCCAUGCAUA